GAGCCAGUUAUCCAUUUAGGGGUAGAGAAAAGUCAGAGCUACUUCAGUGCUACUUUACACUGUGUUAAAUGGUUGAAAUAAAAUCAAUAAACUGCUGGAAUGUAUUUAUUUAAGAAGACAGUAUCCAUGCCCAGGUUUAUGGGUUCUGUGGUCAGAACGUUGAAGAGCUGUUCGGUUUAAUUUAGUAGCUCUACUGUUGUCCAUCCAUCACUGACCGAUUCUACAUGUCAAGGGUUAAUGCUUCCUGGUCUAAGCUUUAUCAGUUAUAUGCAUUCCUCUGAUCUUUUUCUUAAAGGUGUGUUACAGGUGUGUUUAGGAACAGGUUUGCCAAUUAGAUUCUAAUACAGAUAGCAUUACGGCCCAGAGAAAAUAUAAAUUAUGGAUUAUGGAAAGGUCAUACUGAUUGAAAAACUGUAGCAUUUGACAUUAAAAACACAAAUAUAAUGGAUAUCAGACAACAGAUAUAUUUUUCUUAAAUAUAAGAAUAAUUAUAAUUAAAAUAUUUGCAUAUAUUUCCUGCUUUGUGUUUCUACACUAAGACAUUUCAAGGUGGUUAAUCUUAGAAACAAAAGUGCUCUUGCUGCCUUAAAAACAUGAGUGAACUCAUCUUGAAGAUAACCUUUCUUUAAACUCAAGAAGUAGUCGAGGCAAUGGAUUACGUUAAAUUAGAUUUUUGGAAAAAGAAACUUGAGUUCAAUAAACUAAACGUGUCAUGACAAUUGGAGUUUAAAAAAUGAAAUGAGUUCACAAAACUAAAUGGGGCUAUCAUGAUUUAGAGUGUAUUCCUGAAUAAACUGCAAAUAUAUUAGAUAUUAUUGUUAAUGAAUUGAAUCAUUUACAUUUAUCCCCUAAAGUCAGACAAAUAAAAAAGCCGAUAUGUGAUGCAAAGAGAGAACGAAAAAGAGAGCGAGAGAGACAGAGAAGGGGGUUGUGACAGAGGAAAUGAUGGUGUCAUGAUCUCUUGAGUACCUGUAUCAUAACGGAUUUUGUGGACAGACCAGUUCAGUUUGGGUGCAAGAGUGUGGAGAAAAGAGUUCAAGAAGAAGGCAAAUUAAAGCUGCUAGAUUGACCUUAGCUUAUUUAUCAUCUCUUGUCCAUUUAGAUGUCAAUCUCGCACAGUCGUUCUACCGCUCACAUCUUCUCCUCCAACAAUCAUUCGUGCUCCUCACUGGUCAGCAACACCUUGGCUUUGGCUCCUGACUCCACCACUUCAACUUCCAGUAGCCUGCCUGUUCACAUUCCCCAGAUGGAAGGAGGACCAUAUGGCUAUUCUAUGGGGUCUCAUGGACUCUCUAGGACAAGUGAUAGGAGUGGAGAGUCGAUGAUGGGCAUGCCGUAUUUGCCCUAUUCGACAUGUUCAAACUCCACAGUGGAAAGACCAGCACAACACAGCCACAUUAUGCAACAGGAGUUUUCUCAGUUCCUUCUUCCUCCUCCUCCAUCCACAUUUCGGCAGCCAGGCCAGAAGAGAGGCCUGAACAAGGACAGCCUGGAAUACCGGCAGAGGCGUGAGCGCAACAACAUCGCUGUGAGGAAGAGCCGAGAUAAAGCACGUCGGCGUAUCCAGCUCACCCAACAAAAGGCCUUGGAACUUCAGGAGGAAAAUCACAGGCUACUUCUGCACAUUGAACAGCUUAGCCAUGAGGUGGACAUGCUCAGUCGUUAUCUCUCUCAGCGCCACAUACCAAGCAAAGUCAAUGAUAUAGGAGUUGAAGAGAACUGUUGAGUGACCGUAGAAAUUCACUUACCUUAGUUAUCAGGUUAGUGGACCUGAAUUAAUUACAUCAGUGAGAAAUGUAAAGACUGUAAGAUUAUACUGUUAUAUAUAAACUCACUCGGUUUAUAUUUCUAUAGGACAGUCUGUAAAACAAUAUUCAGAUCGAAAUGGACAGUUAGGAUAUCUUCAUUUUGUAUUCAAUUAGCCCACUAAAAGAAAAGUAGGAAAAUGAUACCCUUUUGUCAAUUAUUUAAUGUUCUAAUGUUAUAAUGAAAUCACUAUAAGGCUGGACAUAUAGGGUGUUUUUGCCACCUGAUCAGUGCUUAAGAUUUUUUCUACUAUAUUAGAGCAAAUGUUUUUAAUUUUUGUAUUUUUUUUUAAAAAAGAAUCCAGGAAAAUGCAGCAUGCUUCUGUAUUAUUGUAAUGUAAUGUGGUGGAAGUGAAUUAAACCAAGUUUCAAGAAAAA